CUUUGGUCAGUUCCCUUUUAGCGCCGUCUAGUCGGAGACCGAGCUGGUGGUAUUCUUUCUCUGAUCAGUGUUGCACUGUGGCCAUGGUUCUGCUCAGCUGCACCCCUCCCAGAGUUUUCUGGGGACAUGGAAUUCCAGCAGUUUGUCCGGAAAAACCAGGAAUUUGUCUCCAGGAUAAUGAGUGACAUCAGUGCACUGAAGAAUCUUGUACAUAAAGACUUCAGGCUGGGCAAUGACAAUGAGCUGCUAAUCGUGCAGGGAAUCUUGGCCAUCCAGCAAGUCGACCUCUCGCAUUGCCAGAAGAAUCUCUUUGACACGGAAGUUUGCUUCAACGAGAUCCAGGCAGGCCUCCACACCUACAAUGCCUAUCUCUCAUACAUUGGCCAGAUCCUACCAAGAUAUGCUCAGCAAGUGGCUUCUCUCCAGCUGGACAUCUCAAACCUGUCCACCAACAUCCAACACCAGAUGGAAGAAAGCGGGCUGACCGUUGUCACCUACCCACAGGCAGAAAACCAGCUUUCCUUUGUGGAAACUCAAAGAGAAAUUGGAAGCUACCUUGUCCUCCGUAAUCUCCAGACGUUCAUGGAAGUAACUUCUCGGGCACUAAGGCACAGCAGUGCAUGAUAGGAAGGAUAGCACAGAAGAUGAUCUCACAAGGAAGCAUCCUGCGCCCCCUAUGAGGGUAUAAUUGGCUUGUCUGUCCUCUAAGAGAGAUGGAAUGAAGGACUU